AUGCUGGUACAAGUGAUAGCUGCAUUCCGGCUCAUCUGGCCGAGGGACUUUCAUCACAUCAUCAUGAUUCUAAACUUUGCAGUGCUGUUCAUCUGCAGGAUGCGCACUCCCCUUUCUCAUUAUCAAGUUCCUCGACUGGGCCGUCGCCGAUUUACAACAUCGGUUUACGCGGCAACCUUCGACAAUGGCUCGGAGAGAAUUGGCUACUGGCUUUUUUCUGGCCUCUGA